UCUCUCUCUCUAAAUUGUUCAACAAUCUCUCUCUAAAAACUCUGCUCUUUUAUCUCCUGUAAGACCGUUCAACUUUCUUUCUCUAUAUCCAUAUUCAUUGCUUAGACAACACUCCUCUGUUUCUCUCUCUAAAAUUAAUACAGCCCUUUCGUCGAAUCCUUAAUUCGUUUCGUAAAUUAUAUCAAUGGAGGCAUCAGGCUACUUCUACGCCGCCGGUGCAGGCGACCAUUUCUCGUUGGAUAAGAGAAUUUCUGAGCAGAAACACGGAGACCACUUCGCCAUUGAUGACCUCCUUAAUUUGUCCAACGAUGACGCCAUAAUGGGCGACGGAUUCUUCGAUAAUAGUAGCAAUAACGUUAUCGGAAACAAUUCUUCCGAUUCUUCCCUUUUAACCUCCAAUGAUAGCUGCAAUUCGUCCGUUUCCGGUGGCGAUAACAAAUUUAACGGAUUUGCAGGUUCUCAAUUCUCCGGCGAGCUCUGCGUUCCCUACGAUGACUUGGCGGAGCUUGAAUGGCUGUCAAAUUUUGUGGAGGACUCAUUCUCUGCCGAACAUGACGUGGAGACCAAAUACCACUAUUUUCCCGGACCCAAACCACCAACACCCGAAUCCUCCUCCUCCGACACUCAUCCGGAGUCGACCCGGAACUCCGCCAACGCAAUCUUCCAACCUGAUACCCCACUUCCAGGGAAGGCCCGGUCCAAGAGGUCAAGGGCUGCCCCUUGUGAUUGGACCACUCGCCUCCUUCACGUCUCUCCCACAACCAAACCCGCACCUGCCAGAAAACGAGAUAACCCGAACUCCAAUUCGGAUGCGGGACCCGUCAGGAAAUGUCUGCAUUGCUCAUCGGAGAAAACUCCGCAGUGGCGGAGUGGGCCAAUGGGGCCGAAAACUUUGUGUAAUGCGUGCGGGGUGAGGUACAAAGCGGGUCGUUUAGUACCCGAAUACCGACCGGCUUCGAGUCCGACAUUUGUGCCCAUGAAGCAUUCGAAUUCGCAUAAGAAGGUAUUGGAGCUUAGGAGGCAGAAAGAUUUAGAGAGAGCACAGCAUCAACAGUUCCUUGGUGAAAGUUCGAUGUUCGGCAUAUCCAACGGUGCCGAUGAUUACUUGAUCCGUCAUCACAGCGGCUUCAGGCAUAUGAUCUAGAUUUAAUUACAAUUAAACCUUCGCAAAAUAAUUAUAGUUUAUGUUCAAUUUUGGUCGUUUUUUAAGAUCCAAUUUUCAUGGUUCCUUUAAACAAGAAGGUACGUAGAAGUUAGAAAAAGAAAAAGA